UUGAGAGAUGUGGUGUGCGAAGCAGAGCCCGGUACGAUCGGUAUUGUGGUCUCCCCCCGCCUUAAUUUUACCGAGUUCGCUAUAAAUGAAGCGAAAGCAUAUCAACCUUUAGGAAAAUCCU